UAUUUUCCUGUGCAAAACCCACGAAAAUCUCUCCACUGCCAAAGAAGAAAAAAAAAAAAAAUGCGAUCUUUGGUGCGAUCGCGAUCUCUCUCGCCAUGCCUGUCUACUUUCUUCACGAAACUCUCCUACCUUCUCCUCCCCACCACCUUCUCCACCACGACAUCCUCUCCUCUUCCUCCUUCCCCUCCCGAAUCCAACACUAUCCUGUCCGAUCAGGAGCUCUCCGACAUCCACCACCUCCUCCCCGCUCUCUGCGACGCCGGUCACCCCCUGGAGGCCGUUCGCCUCCUCGAUGCCGCUUUACUCGCCAACCCUCCACUCUCAUCCCUCCCCCUUCCAGAGCUCGCCGACCGCCUCUCCAACCUUCCCGACAUGUCCGCUUGCAUGGCGCUACUCACCUCUCUCCGCUUCCACCCACACCGCCCUUCUCCUCUCCCAUUCUGUGCCCUCUUCAUCUCCUCCUAUUUCCGUCGCCAACGCCUUCGAGAGGCCGCUAAGGUCUUUGCCUGGCUUUGUCGGGCAGAUUCCCCUUGCAGACCAGAUACGGAGGUUUGUCGAAUAGCUGUUCGGGGUUUUUGCGAGGGAGGAAGGGCGAUUGAGGCGGUUAGGGUUGUGAGAGAGAUGGCGAGAGAAGGGGUGUUGCCAACGGAGGAAAUUAGGAUUUUGUUGUGUCUGGCGUUGUUGAGGGAGGCGAGGGUUCAGGAGGGGUUGAAUUUUGAUGAUGCAGUAAGGAAGGUUGGGGAGGGAAAAAACAAUAAUGGAGAUGGGAUUGCUGGGAUUACAGAAUUGCUUGAUCGGAUGAUUAAGGAUUGGGAGGAUUAGCGCUUCAUUAAGUUCAUCAAUGAUGAAUAAGAUCUCUCUAGGGCAAGGCCGUCGAUGCGACUGGCGACGUGUGGAAGUUUUGAAAUCCCUGAUGAAGAACAAAAAAAAAAAAAUUUGAGAUGUUAUCUCGCCAUUUUCGGGACCACGGAAGCAAGUUUGUAACCCUUGAUUGAUCAAGAAGAGUUGAGGAAGUUGCAAUGCAGGGAGAAGGGCAGAGGGGAAGUUGAUGGGACAAUGAUAUUUUUGUUGUUAAUUAAAGCAAAUUGAAUGCUAUGUGCGUUUCUGUUUUGUUUAUUAGAACUUUAGUGUGGCCUUGUGGGUCCAAAGGCAGCUUCUUUGACUUGGGGCCUAGGACUAGUGUCUUGUGUUGUGUAAAGCUAUUGAGAAUUUUCUAAUAAAUUGGAUAAUUUAUAAAAAUGGGCAUGAUA